AUGGACGCUGCUCUCGAUGUUCUCCUCCAUCUUGCCGAAACCGAUGUCAACAAUAUGGCAGUAUACGACGUUUUCAUCAAAGGCAUUCUCGAUUACUUGGACAACCUAUCGCUAUCGCAAAUCAGGACGCUUUUUAAUAUCUUCAGCUUGCUUGCAUUAACGUCAUCAGAUAAAGACAAUGACGGCAGCCAUUCCAGUCUUUGGUCCGAGAUUCAGAUUGUGAUUCGCAAGCAGCUGUCAAAUCCACGUGAAAAGUACAAAAAGAUUGGCGUGGUGGGGUGCCUAGCCGUUAUCAAGGUUCUUGGAUCGGAUGCCCUUUGCAAUGCCAGCUCAGCUGCAGAAUCAAGUACUCAAAGCAGGCUAUCCAUUGAGCAACCCAAUCGACAUCCUUUGUUACGUCAAUCCAUUGAAAUGCUCCAAAUGAUCAUGCGUAAUUGUGCCGAAUACCCGGUUUGUCUGGCACUCAUGUAUGAUGAACUUGCAUAUAUGGUCGAAUACGAUGAUUUGGACAAGCGAUUGCAGUUAUGGAUCAAGGAGAAUUUUACAACUUGCUUCACCGAAGAUUACGUUGUGGACGCUGACUCAGGGGAACAAGUGAUCAAGGACAAGAGCAAACGAUCGGACCUAUGCCUCAAACCGCAAAAUCAAAUCAACUUGAAUGGCGAGGAUGAGGAUGAGGAAGGUUCUAUUCUUAUUGGCCUUUAUCCAAUCGUGUGCUCUUCAGAUGAACGGCAAAAACGGAGGCUGAUGCUCACGCUAUGUCCCAUCUUCAACUUGAUACAAACCUACGAGAGAGUGAACAACAACAAUGAUUUGAGCGAGAUCGAUGCGUUACUAGGAUGCGGUGUUAUCUUAUUCAAAUGGGAUGAAGAUGAUGUACAGGAGUUGAUCCAAGAUUUGCCGCCCGAUGAGAUGCAAAAUGCGUGCGACAUGCUGUUUUACACAAUCAAUUGGCUACGAGAGCUAUUGAACGCCUUUUGCCGGAGCGAGGAUGAAGAUGACCACAGCAAGCUGAUUAUGCGCAUCAAGAAUGUCUUGUCAUUUGAAGCCUUGCUGGAAGAAUUCAUCAAAGCGAUGGGCACUUACACGCCUUUGGAGUUCCAUUCAAUGUCCAAUAUGGAAGGAAAAGAUAGCAUGCGAUCAUUGCACAGCAUUAGCUCGUCUAGCACGCCUCGUUCUCCAGUACCUGAUGCAUCCGAUGUUGAUUCAAAACCAGCUUUGAAGAAGACAAGCACGAAUACCCCAUCUUUUGACUCUGUCAACUCUUUGAGACCUUUCAUGCGAGCUCUUAAUGUGGACGUGAUUGCUAUCCUCGAGCAGAAUGACAAUGAUCAGGAAAAUCUCGAGUACGACGAGGUCAAUUACAUCCUCAAGGAUCUGUACAACAAGCUUGAAAAGAAAAUUGUGCCAGCGCCUACCAAUCCAUUCGGCAAAAAGAAGGCCACCGAUGAUAAGCAACGCUACCAGAAUCAAGCAUCAUAUUUGCUCAGGCUCAAUUCACAUGAUCUGUUGAAGCAAGUCGUCGUACACCUUCCAACCAUCCUACAACGACUCGAGAACUUGUAUGAAGAUAUUCAAUUACAGGAUACUCAAUCGGGGAGAUUCAAUUCUGGUGCUGAGCCUAUUGUCCAAUGUGCAGCGAAUAUCUUCAAUAUCAUCUACAAGCUAUUUUCUUGGCCUGACAUUGGUAACCCUGAAAAUCAAAACAUCUUGGAGGCCGUUUUUGGCGCACUCGCCGAUCGACUUGCUGUUGAGAACACACAAUCACAAUCCUUCACGACAAAGGCACAAGAAGCUUUCAAGUACCUUGCACGCUUUUCGGAUAAUAUGCCAGAGGCAACUACGGCAGUGAUACUCUUCAAAACACUCAUGCGCAUCAAGGAGCUUUCUGGAGCUGGUGAUGCAUUAAGAUCGAAUGCACACGGCGUUGUCACAGGCAUUUUGAAGGAAGAUUGGUUUGAUUGGCGUAAUAUCAAGAAAGAGAUCCCGUACCUAUUGGAACAGGCCAUUGAAUUGGAUCAGGACCCAUUGUCUACGUUGCACGAUUAUGUGAACAAUGUAUUGGAAUCCUUUGAGGAGAACGGAAGCCUUGAAGAGCAUCCAUUGCUUCGAACAGACACCGUGCUUUCUUAUUAUCAGGCCAUGAUCAACCAAACUGUCAAAGCAUUGCACCUUCUUCAAGAAACGGAUCAGGAUGCAUCGGUGAUACUUGUCCAAAAUUCGCAGAUUGUCAAAAUCUUUGGCCACAUCACAAGCUAUACCAAGACAAAGGAUCAGCGAGCUCUUUUUGGAAUGAUACUCAAGACAGGUCGCUCGUUUGUCGAUCAAUUUGCCAAGCACUCGAUUCCUUUCUUUACCAAUGUAUUCCGAUUCCACAAGAAUGAGAUUGUUGAUAUCCUCAAAGACUUCCAAAAGAGCACACGUGCGCUGCAGAUUAUUUGUUCACAUGUCAAGGUGAUCAAGGAUGUACAACUAUCGACGUAUGUGCCGCCGUUGAAGAGGUCACUGGAGAUCGUUAUCUUCCAAGUCAAGAUGCUAUUGACAGAGAAUAAUGCGCCAUCCGACGCCUUUUUCAUGGGUUCAUUGAAGCACAGAGAUCUUCGAGGCGAGGAAGUACAAUCACAGCUUCCUCGAGAAGAAUCGGAUGAUGAAGGGGAUGAAUUGAAUAGCGAUCGGAUGAACAGCGAUGACAUGGACACUGACAAUGAAGAUGAGGACAAUGAAGAAGGUCAUUCGGUGACUUCACAUCGACCAUCUCAGGCACCAAAAGUGAUACCACCAACGAACAAUGAAUCAAACAACAAUGAAGUUACCAUGGAGAUCGAUUUCGAUAGCGAAACGGAUGAUGAGAAAAACGAUGUGGAACCAAAUCCUCCUGUGAUUUCAAUAUGUGACGAUGAUGACGACGACGAUGACGAUGAUGAUGAUGACGAUGAUGUGAAGAUGAUUGAGCAGCAAGAUGAAGGAUCAAAAGAAGAAUCUGCCGAAGGGAAACCACCUCGCAAGAAACAGCGGCUUGGUUUAGGGCGCCCUUCUUUUCCCCAGGGUAAAGUUUUUUCAUUGACUCGAGACGAAUAA